AUGAAUGAUGGUUCAGGUACCAUUAAUCCUGCAGCUUUGAACGCUAGUGGAGGUGUAAGACAACCAUCAAGUGAGAGCGGGCCUCGAGGUCUCAAGCGCAGCCGAUCUCCUGAACAGUAUGGUGACUACCAACAAGUCGAUGAAGAUGGUCCACGCAAACGUGGAAGACCUUCCAAAACCCCGCGGACCUCUGCGGAUUUUACCUCCAAUGUCGACUCUUUGCCAACACCAUCAAGCCAAACCUCACCAGGGCUUACACAAACUCCCAAAACCCAAACCGGCCUUCAACAACCCGCAGUAACUCCCGUGCAGAGUUCUCCGCCCAGAACCAUUCCCAAAUCUACCAUAAAAGCGCUUCCUACGGUCCGCGACCAUACGAGCGACACACUAGGAGCUGAAGGAGACGAAUAUGUCGCGCGCGAAUACGACGACGCGGGCGAGAAAAAGGUCGAUCAACUCGGAUAUCUCCAAGGUGGCCGAGAGUACAAGAUCCGAACAUUUACCCUUCCAGGAAGAGGUGAGAAACUGUUCAUGUUAGCCACAGAAUGUGCGCGUCAACUCCAGUAUCGCGAUUCCUACCUGUUAUUCAACAAGAAUCGAUCUCUCUUCAAGAUCAUUGCAAGUGUCAAGGAGAAGGAAGAAUUGGUCGCCCAUGAAAUUCUGCCUUAUUCAUAUCGAUCGCGACAAAUAGCAGUUGUCACCGCUCGAUCGAUGUUUCGUCAAUUUGGUAGUCGAGUUAUCAAGGACGGCCGUCGUGUUCGUGACGACUACUGGGAAGCAAAGGCCAUCAAGCAAGGCUUCACAGAACAAGAUGCCGCUGGUGAGAAGCGACCGGGAGCUGCACGAGCUAGGGAAGCGGCAGCGCAGGACCAGUUGAGUUCUAGAGCGACGGCGGCUGCGGCAUAUGGCGAUAUCGUCUACUCCAAUGGCCCUGGAUAUGGAGCAGUACAACCACCAGCUUUGCAAUCUGGCAUUGCCUCGACGAUGGCUCAGCUGACUCCGUUCGAUCCGGCCUACGACUCGAGGUAUAAGGACAUAGUUCGACCAAGACAGGACAUAACUGGUCCACCAUACCAAGACCUGACACGUUCAAGUACUGAUGCUGAAUUGGCAAGCCAGGCCGGCCAUGCCGCCGAGUUCAGCAGAAGCAUUAAUCAACAGAAUCGAUAUCGACGGUCUCUGGUCGAGGAAUAUUGGCGUAGGCCACACGAACAGCCGAUUUCAACCCCUCCACAAAUCGAGGCCGAAGUUGCUACUACAAGCCAUGCUUUUUCAUCACCACGUUUCAACACCGCCGAUUUGCAAGGCGCUCAGGGAACUGUCGUUUCACAACAAGCACAACCAUCUCAAUCAGCGAUGAAUCCACCAUCAUUUCCCCAUCAGCAACCCCCAAUCCAAUCACCUGUACGUCAACCCAGCUUGCCACAAACCUUCUCGCGCGAGCACUCGCAGUUCACACCACAACACGCCCAAUUCCAGAGGUCAUCUUCAAACCUCUCAAUAUCACAGUCUGCCACCCAACAGCCACAACUUCCUUAUGGAGCUGCGGGUGGUAGUUACUCCCCACAUGCUAUGAAUCCACAGCAGCAAACUCAACAGCAAAGUUGGGGUGCUCCACCACCACAACCGCAUCAAUCGCCUGCUCUUCAUCGCAUGAGUACACCUCAAUUCUCGCCUAAUUUGGCACAUGGUCAGAUUCCGUCUCCUAUCCCUGGCGGUUCUCAUGCAAGUCCCUCACCUCAUCCACAACAGAUGCAACCGCCACAGAUGCCUAUGCUUCACCAUCAAGGAAGCUCUGGCAGUAUGGGUGGUCAACAACUGUACGGACCUGGAGCAGGCUUACAAGCCAUGAAUGCUGCUGCGUAUGGAAAUAUGGCAAUGGGACAACACAAUCUUUAUGCAAUGGGUGCCCAAAACCAAUUCAUGCAACCCAACCCUCAACAACAUGGACAAGGCUGGCCCGGUCCUCAAAACCCUAAUCAGGGUGCUGCACAGUGGAACCAGCAGUUUCAGUGA